AUGGCCCAUUUCAGAUGCCUGGUCUCAGAGGUGGAGAAUUAUCUCUGGGAAAGCCCCAACUCCACCAGCUGUGCACGUAUGAUGUGGUGGCUGCUUCUCUGGGGAGCCCUCCAGGCUUGCCCCACACAGGGCUCUGUGCUCUUGGCCCAGCAGCUACCCCAGCAGCUGACGUCCCCAGGGUACCCAGAGCCGUACCUCAAAGGCCAAGAGAGCACCACUGUCAUCCAGGCCCCGGAGGGCUUUGCUGUGAAGAUUAUGUUGCAGGACUCGGGCGUGGAGCUGUCCCAGGACUGUGAGCCGGACUCUGUCACAAUCACAGCGAGUGGGAUGGAUCCAAGCUGGCUCUAUGGCCACGUGGGCUCUACACUGGGCAGCCCCCCAGGUCAGAGGGAGUUUGUGUCCUCAGGGAACAGUUUGCAGCUGACUUUCCGUGCACCGGCCUCCUCUGAGGACAGGACAACUGGACUCCACAAGGGCUUCCUGGUCCUCUACCAAGCCGUGAGUAUGAACCAUAAUCGGCCCAUCAGCCAGGUUAGUGGCAGCUCUGAGGCUGCACACACCCCUGGAGACAACUCCUCCAAGAUCCAGAACCACUGCCAGGAGCCCUAUUAUCAGGCGGUGCCAGCAGAGACACUCACCUGCAGAGCCCAGAGCCCUGGGAAAGAGACACUGGACAAAGAGGAGAUUCCUCACUGUGUGCCUGUCUGUGGACAGCCAGUCACCCCCAUCGCCCAGAACCAGGAGGCCCAGGGUUCUUCCAAAGCCAAGCUGGGCAACUUCCCCUGGCAAGCCUUCACCAGUAUCUAUGGCCGUGGGGGUGGAGCCCUACUGGACGACAGAUGGAUCCUCACGGCAGCCCACACCAUCUAUCCUAAGGACAUCAUCUUUCCCGGGAAGAAGAGGAAUGUGAAUGUGUUCCUGGGCCACACAGGCAUAGACGAGAUGAUAAAACUGGGGAACCACCCUGUGCGCCGUGUGGUUGUGCACCCAGACUACCGUCAGAACGAGUCCCACAACUUCGAUGGGGACAUUGCCCUCCUGGAACUCCAGCACAGUGUCCCCCUUGGCCCCCAUCUCCUCCCAGUCUGUCUGCCUGACAACGAGACUCUCUACCGCAGUGGCCUGAUGGGCUAUGUCAGUGGGUUUGGUGUGCAGAUGGGCUGGCUAACAACCGAGUUGAAAUACUCAAGGCUGCCUGUUGCCCCAAGGGAGGCCUGCAAGGCCUGGCUUCAGGAGAAACAGAGGACUGAGGUGUUUUCUGAUAACAUGUUCUGUGUCGGGGAUAAGGCACGGCAGCAGAGUGUCUGCCAGGGGGACAGCGGUAGCGUCUAUGUAGUGUGGGAUGACCAUGCCCAUCACUGGGUGGCCACGGGCAUCGUAUCCUGGGGCAUUGGGUGUGGCAAAGGGUACGGCUUCUACACCAAAGUGCUCAAUUACGUGGACUGGAUCAAGGAAGUGAUGGAUGGGAAGGGCUGA